AUGUCAGAAUUUAACCCCGGCGAAUUUAUGGUGGAACCAACCAUAGAAAAUUUUAAUAGCCUGCGUAAAGAUAACCUAGUUACGCUAGCCAAGCAUUUAGGGCUAGAAGUAAGAAGUACCUUCAGAAAACGCGAAGUAUACGAUUUAAUCAAGGAACAUUUUGUUAAAGAAAAAACAUUCGAACAGUCUGUUUUCAUGGAACAAAGUAUAAAUACAGUAGAAAAUACACAGAUUAGCGAAGAUAGUGAAAUAAGCGAGAAAGACAGACAGUGGCAGAGAGAGCAUGAGAAAGUUUUGUGGGAAAGAGAACGAGAGAAACGCGAGUGGGAAAGAGAAAGAAUAGAGAAAGAAAGAGAGUUUAGAUUGAGGGAACAGGAAUUAGAGUUAAGAAAAUUGGAAUUAGAGGUUCAGGCAAAAGGGCAAAAUCUUAGAGUUAAUUCGGGUCAAAAAUUUGACGUGACCAAGCAUGUCCGAAUGGUUCCACCCUUCCAGGAACGGGAAGUAGACCAAUAUUUCCUACAUUUCGAAAAAAUUGCCACAAAUUGUGAGUGGCCAAAAGACAGCUGGACGAUGCUGUUACAAAGUGUAUUAGUUGGUAAAGCUCGUGAAAUUUUUUCGCAACUUUCAGUAGAAUUAUCAGCUAAUUAUGAUACG